AUGGAAGGUAGUCGUGCUUCGCGUGUGGAAGCAAGCGUUCAUUCGGUCCUGUAUGGUCUGAUUCAGACGCGGCGAAGCGGCUCAUCGCUGUCGACCAUCCUCUUCCUCGUUCUCGAUGGCUUGCAGCUGGUGCCGUUUGUCUUUCAUCCAUCGUUUGCCUUCAAGUACAGCCUCGUCCAGUUGUACUCUUCGGCUCUGUCAAGAUCGCCUGCUGAGACUUCGGCAACAUCGCUACUUCAAGCUUCUCUCUCGGAGCAAUCGUUCUUUGUGGUUCUUCUCCUCGUUCUCCUCGCUCUCCUCGCUUUCUCGGCCAACGUCGGCUACCUCUACUCAUCAUCGACUCAUCAUGGCGCAACAUCGUUUGCUCGGACCUGGGCGCCCAAGAUCUUCAACACCAUCGUCCCACCCAUGAUCUCCUUGUUCUACAUCACCAUUCUCCAGUUUCUCCUCCUCCCGGCUGCCUGCGAGGUUGCGGUAGACGACUCGCCACAUCGCAUGGUGUGGGCCAUGGCGACGUCGACUCGGUGCUGGUCUGGAUGGAGAGUAGCUAUCGCUGUCCUUUCCCUCGCGCUUUUGAUCUGCUUCUUUCUCCCAUUCUCCUUCCUCAUGGCGCUGACGUACUACGAUCCGCGGCCAUUCUCUGAUGAUCUGGCCGCCCGCCCGCUUGGCCGACAGUAUGCCUUGUUUGUCGCCGUCAAGACCGCCGUCAUUGCCGUCUUUCGACUUGCGCCGCGCAAUGCCAUCCCUCUCGCUCGUGUCUUUGUCCUCCUCCUGGGCUUUGGCUCGCUCGCCUACUUUCAUAUCACCCGCAUCCCGUACUACUCGCGGUUGCUCAACUACAUCUACGCUGCCUUGUUCACCUUGCUGUUUGGCGGCUCGAUAGGCUCGGCAGCAGCUGUGCUGGCCUCGGACCCGGCGUUAGAGUGGCCAUUCUUCCUUGGUGUCAGCGGAGCCGUGGUUGGCGGCGCCUGCGGUCUCGCCGCCAUGCGAUGGCGGUACCUUGUCGUCGAACGCAAGAUCACCCGUUUCGCGAGCUCGGCACAAGACUUGCUUGACACCCUGCUGGCUUCUCGCAAUGCUGCUGGACGGGAAGCCAAUCUAUCGCAAACUGCCGGCAGCGGCACCGACAUGCAAGCCUAUGUUGCCGGCAUCGACCCGGUGCUAGGCGAGAUGGGCGCGCAUGGUGCCACUGCUGAGCUUUCGAUUCUUCGCGCCGGUGACAGCGAUGCAAACUUCCGCCCCCAUGACAGGCUUCGCUUGAUCCUCAUGCGGUCGGAGCGCGAGGUCGAGCUGCUGGUCCGCGCUCAUGUUAGUGCCCGCCUGGCGGCCAUUCCCGUCAUCGAUGACAACGACAUCUUUGGCAUGCUGGAUACGCGCCAGGCGGCGUUUGACCAAACAGCCAGGACUCUGUUUGAGCUGGGCAUCGAGCUCUACCCGCGAUCUGCGUUUGUCCGUAGCGCGUAUGCACACUACAUCAAUGAGUUUGCUCCUGCCGAGGUUGGCACGGCCAUGGUUGCCAUUCAGGCGGCGCAGCUCAUGCCAGCUGCUUUUGACAUCCGCCUCAUUGUCCACGGCUUUGAGCGCAAGCUGCUGCAUACCAUGCAGGGCCGGGGCUUUGGCGAGACCGACACCCGUAUGGAUCUUGUCUCAUAUGUCGAGUACCAGAAGCACUUUCAAGUUGCUCGCCAGUACCAUCGCGACACCCUUGUUGCCACCCACACCUUUUGGUCACUGCUGCACUCCGGCCGGUGCUCCAGCGCCUCCUUUGCGGCCGCAUCCCAAGCCGUCACGCGCGCCGAGCGCCAGGCCUCGAUUGCAUACAAGCGCCUCAUUGCCCGCUUUCCGCUCGCGGUUGAGCUGCUCUACUCGUACGCGUCCUUUAUUGAGACCGUCCAACGCGACAGUCCCCAGGUCGAGGCCAUCCGAGCUCGCGCCGCAUCGCUCGUCAAUACCUCGUUCGAGAUUCCGUCAGUCCCGGACAUGCCGCCUUCUGGUGCCCACCCAGCACUUCAUCUCAUGGGUAUGAGCCGCAGCCCUGCAUCGACCUCCAUGGAGAGGCAUCCUUCACCGAUGCACGCCCACUCUGGCGGCAGAACGGCGCAAACGUCGUCGUUGCGUGGCCCGGCGUUGUUGCGGGCGAGAGCGGGUAAGAUUCGCUUGAGGGGCGCAGACCACAGGAUCAACAAGAGUGCCACCAAGCGCAAGAUGCACAGGAAGAAGUCUAAUGGCAAGAGAAGGCGGGCACGCUCCGUCUCAAGCGGACGAUCUGCGCUUGCCUCCGCCAAGAAGGUGGCUCUGACCAAGUCGGGCGCGAAGAAGGGCAAGAAGAGGAAGUUUUCAAGGAAAGCGCUCGCUGCUUCGAUACCCGCAUCUCGCAAGUUGAGCGCCAACGCGUCGGCAUCUUCAUCGUCGUCGACAUCAUCUUUGCCAUCCUCGGCCUCCUCGUCGUCUCAGAACCUGUCUACAAGCCGGAGUGCGCAUGCCUCUUCUGAGCAUCGCGAAAUGUCGACGCUGCCAAACGCGUUCAAGAAGCCGAAAAAGUCGAGCCUCAAGCAUAGGUCAAAGUAUGGAUCAUCUUCGGGCUUUUCGGCGCUCUCCUCGUCGACCUCGUGUGGUCCACCACAGAGAAAGUUCAAGCGAUCCAAGGCUCAAGCUCGCGCCACCAGCAGUAGCGACGACAUGAGCAUCUUGCUUCCGCAGCGGGCGAUGUUUGGAACACCGAUGGAGACUGUGGCAAACAGGCCGAGGGAGGACAACACGGCAAGCGGAUCAGAGUUUACCCCCACCCCCUCCCACAGCAGGUCCUCGCGUGGCCACCGGUUCUUCAGCCGUGGCGCGUCGCGACACCGGGGCUCGAUUUCCUCGGCUUUCUCACGAACGUCCUUUGAGCAUCACGCUGCGGCGCGCGAGAGGGUGCUUUCAGCCAAGUCACAAGCGGCAGGGCGGUUAUCGUGGUCACUCAAGAUCUCAGUCCUUCUGCUACUGGUGUUCUUCGCCGUCGGCUUUGGUCUCUCCAAUUCGUCCAUGUCGGCCAUCAAGGCCGAGUUCAAGCUGAUGGACAUGUACGGUCGCAUGCGGAAGCUCUCGAUCGACACCUACCUACAGGUCUCGAUCCUGCACUGGUCUGCACUCUCGCCGGGCGCAAGCGUGUUGUACGUCGCGAGCGAGGUGCGCUCUACCGUCGAUGCAACGGCGUCGAUUGUUGCCGACCACGCGGCGUACCUCUACCGCGCCACGUACGGCUCGGGCGCACACGCGACAAACAAGCUCAACGCGCUCUGGCGCGACCAAGUGAUCCCAGUCUCUGUUGUCGCGUCAACGGUCACCACUCCGCCGGCGAUCGAAAUCCGCAUGGUCAACCUCCGUGACGCCAUUGCGCACUUGGUUGGCUAUGCGCGCGAGCUGGUGGCACGGCCGGUGGGUGAGUGGGUGAUGGACAAGCUGCAGAUUGAUCUCGCUGCCAGCUUUGUGCGCCACAAUCUGCACCCACGCGCCCCGCUCUCUUCCAAAAUUGGUGCGGGAGCGCAGCUGUUUGAGACAAAGGUCUCCGAGUCGAUUCAUGUUCUGGUCAUUCUCCAGAUUGUGCUUCUGGUCACGUCGACAAGCAUUCUGGUCUUUAUCGGCGUUGCACUUGUUCUGCCAGCCAUUGCUUCGCUCCGCAAUGAGCAGUGCGACUCGUUUCGGCUGUUUAAGACAGUGCCGCAACCGAUGCUUCGCACCAUUCAGAGCGAGAUGGCCAACGCGCUGCUGUCAUUUAUGUCAGCCGAGCACGGGCUCGGAUUUCUUGUCGACGCGGGAUUCGGGCAGAGUAGGUCGGGCUCGGUGGGCUCGACCUCUGACAAUUCGACUCAGAACGCUUAUUGUUCACGCAGCGACGACCUGCUUGUUCCGAGCAUCGAGAGUGGAUCAGGGGCGCAACGACCUCGUUCUGAUGUGUACGGUGUCGAGGACUCGGACUCGGACAUGGACUCUGAGAUGUCGCAAAUCCGGAUGACGCUCUCGCUCGAGUCGACGGCGGCGAUGACUGAGCUGCUCUCCAAGUCGGAGAAGGUCUCGAUUGUGCGGCGAGUUCAGCUGCAGAUUCUCUGCGCCCUGGGCGUUGUUUUUGUCCUUGCCUGUGUCUUCUUCACUACAGUCUACUUCGGCGCCACUGUCACAACCCACUAUGGCAGCCUCAUCAACGCGUCGGGCAUCCGCCGAUUCUACGCCAAAGGAGUGCACACAGCAGUGGUGCAUCUCGCGGCGUACGCAGACGCGAUGGCGAACGGAUCGAGCAACGAGACCGCAGUUCCGUUUUGGGUUUUGCCACCUCCAGUCGCUUCUGCCUUGCUCAACAACUCUGUGGGAGCGUUGUGGAGCGCGCACAUGGAGGCAAAGUAUGGGACCGACGGCCGGAGCGGGACGGAUGGGUUGUUUCCGCGGCUGGAAGAGGUCAUGUACGGCGCCAGCGGGCUGGAUCAGGCCGUGAUCAGCUAUGUGGCGCUCGGGCGGCAGCUUGCGGGUGCGGCGUUGGAGAUCAGCACCGGGAGCAGGGAGAGUGUGCUUGCAGCGGGCGCUACGCUGAUUGCGGCACUGCCACAGGUCAAGGCGGAGGAAGCCAAUGUGCUGUCGCCGCUGCUCGACGAGGCGACGGCAGUCAUGGUCUACGAGUUUGAGUCUGUGAUCUCUCGGUUCCUCGCGGCGACGCUGGCGGUGUACGUGUUGGAGAAUCUUGCGCUAGUAGCCAUCUACUUUGUGGUCUUUGUUCGACUCAUCCGGCAGAUUGCCGACCAGACGACCCGUGCGCGGUCGAUGAUUUUCAUGAUCCGCCCCGACUACAUUGUUUUGCUUCCCCAGAUCUCGCACUUUAUCGAGCACAACACGCUGGUGUCGCUAGAGGAGCUCGAGAGGAAUGCCAAACCACCGGGACUGGAGCGACGGGCUGUGCUUGAGGUCGACUCGAACUCGGGCAAGAUUGUGGGCAUGGACGGUGACGUGACGUUCCUCGGCCUGCCGCCGCGGUCGCUACUGCGACAGCACAUGUGCAACUUUCUUCCGCGUGUGGCGCCGCGCAAGCUGGAGGCAAAACUCAUGAAGCUGAUGCGGUUUCCGCCGCGGCGAAUCACUGUCUUGCCGUACAUGGACCCAGCGACGACGGGCUCGCAAGUGACGUUCAAGUGUUUUGCGUGGGUAACUCACUUCAACCCAGCAUCGAACGAUGGCUCAAAGUGGAUCAAGUCUAUGUUUGAAGAUGCUCGCCGGCGUCGCGGGCGGCGGCAGACGAUCGUGGAUGGGGCGCGUUCGAUCUCGUCGUGGUUUGCGCGGAUUUGCGGGCGCGGGCGUGUUGCGCCGUUGCCGAAUUCAGGCGCAGAGCAGAGCACCGCGACGCUGACCCGGACCGGAGAACUGAGCGCGAUGGCGAGGAAUGCCGGGAGCUCGCAGCGGUAUCGCCUGACACUCUUUUUCCAGCCCGAGGCCGAGGCUGUGGCUGGAAUGCUGAUGGACGAACAGGUGGCGCUCAAGGGUGCGGAUCCGCGGGUGAUGCUGCGGCUCUCGCUGCGGCUCAACGCGAUGCUGCCUGCGACAGACGCGGUGCUGGUGUGCAACAAGGAUGGAACAGUGCUUGAGUGCCAGUCUCAGAACCACAUGUUCCUCAACCCGGCGAGCGUGACGUUCAAGAACAUCCGCACCGUGCUUCCGAGCUACGAGGUGAACUUUGGAGGACGGCUUGGCAUGAUGCGGCACCAGACACUAAUUGUCGGGACGGGCGAGUCGCGAGCUGUGACUGUGGCGAUGGUGCGCGCGCAGGGCAUUGUUGUCCUCGGCUUGACUCAGCAGGGCCUCGACUCGCUCGCAGGCGUGAGCCACGGGCUGAUGGCGGUUGCGGACCUCGCCAACUCUGCGGUCGGCGUCGUUGUUCUCCAGCCCGGACCGGCGCUUGUGGCGGCUAACUCUGCGGCGCUCGUUUUUGCGCAGAUGCGGUACGAGGAGCUAGCACGACAGCCGCUUGCGGCCUUUGUUGGCAUCACCAACGGCGACCUGUGGGGUAAGCCGCACGCCCAGACCGUGGUCAUCUCGUUUACCGACGCCGGGCCCAAGGCUUCGAGCAUUCUUGAGGAGUCGAGGCAUAACAGCGCGCCGCUCUCAUCAGUCCGCUUUGGCGACGCUCCCGAGGUCUUUCCGAUCAAGAACAGGAUGGAUGUGUCGAUUGGGGCGUGCUCGCUCUCGCAUUCGAUCAUUUGUGACUCGGAGGUGACGUCGGCGGUGUCAUCGCCCGCUUCGUCGGCGGACGCGUUGUCGUCGUCAUCAUCGUCGGUGGGGAGCAAGCUGGAUGUGUCGUCCUCGACCUCGUCAUUGUCGUCGUCGUCGUCGUCGGGCUCAAGUCCAGAGCAGGACUCGGGGCUCGAUAUUGGGUCUGGCUCGGGGUCUGGAUCGGGAUCAGGCGAGGCAGGAAAGCGAGUGGCGGAAGCGUCGACGGUGCCCGGCGCUCGACGUGCUGCGUCUAUUGGCGAGGCAACAGCAAAUGGGCACGGCAUUGUCCGCGGCGACGUGUCCGAUGUGUGUGCUAUCUCAGCCGACACGACGUCGAUCACUGAUGUGUCGACCACAGCGCCUGGACAUCUUGUCCUGCCUGACAGCCGCUCGAGCUCCAAAGAUGGCAAUGAUGAUGGUGGCAAGGCCGAGUAA